AGCAUCAGACACACAAAGAGCAGGAGCAGAGGGGUUUCAUCUGAAGUGCAUGGCACGAAGGUUACACGAGGGGGAAGUUAAACUCAGGUUCGGAGACGCAACUUCAGCCGAGUUGACUCACCUUUCUAAGAGACGCACUCAGAUCCGGUCACCGUCCACCUUCUGUGCGUAAAAGCGCACAGCCGAGACAGAACUUUACGCGCUCCAAGGAGACCUUCCUCCAGCCCUCCGCGCUCGCUGGCUCUCAGAGACUUUCCCCGUCAGCCGGUUCAUGACUUUCACAACCGGUUCUGCUGAGUAGUGGCCGAUCCGAUCCAGAGCUCCGGGUCCCCCAUGAGGCUAGAGGCCGCAGCCAGGAUGGAUCUGAUCAGGAAGCUGUGGAGGGCGAGGAAGCUGAUCCUUGUAGUGUUCAUCCCUCUGUCCCUGCUUCCCCUACCGCUCAUCCACCCCACCAGCGAGGCAUGCUGCGCUUACGUGCUGAUGGUGACGGCAGUCUAUUGGGUGUCUGAAGCUGUUCCCUUGGGUGCUGCUGCUCUGGUGCCGGCUUUCCUCUAUCCACUCUUUGGAGUACUCAAGUCCAGUGAGGUGGCAGCAGAGUACUGUAAAGACACCACCCUGCUGCUGAUGGGAGUCAUCUGCCUGGCCGCCUCCAUAGAGAAGUGGAACCUGCAUAAACGCAUCGCUCUGCGCAUGGUGAUGAUCGCGGGGGCCAAGCCUGGCAUGUUGGUGCUGGGCUUCAUGUGCUGCACAGUCUUUUUGUCCAUGUGGCUCAGCAACACGUCCACCACAGCCAUGGUGAUGCCCAUAGCCGAGGCCGUCCUGCAGCAGCUGAUCUGCACAGGCCUGGCCGACAGCCACGAGGACUCCGAAACCGCAGAGGCCCAUGAGGAUGAUGCAUCUCUUUCAGAAAAAGAAGGGAACCUGGACAAAAAUCAGUUAGAGCUGCUUUAUCGCAAUGACAUUAACGACUGCACUAGACAGGAGCUUUCCAUGCUCAGUGAGGAACAAACUGGGGCGGCAAACGGUUUAGGUUUAAUGUCAAACUCCAACCAGGACAUCGUUAAACACACAAAUGGACACCUGCCUCAGAUUGCAAUCGAAAUCCCGAACGUUAAGCGAGUGAAGGCCAGGAGGGACUCCCAGUAUCCCACCAAAAGGGACCACAUGAUCUGUAAAUGCCUCUCGCUCAGCAUCACCUACGCAGCGACGAUCGGUGGCCUCAUCACCAUCACCGGCACGUCAACCAACCUCAUCUUUGCCGAGCAGUUUAACACACGUUACCCAGACGCAAAGGUGAUAAACUUCGGCACGUGGUUCAUCUUCAGCUUCCCCAUAGCCAUCAUCAUGCUUGUCCUCACCUGGCUGUGGCUGCACUGCCUCUUCCUCGGCUGCAACUUCAGGGAAACAUGCUCGCUGAGCAAGAAACGCAAGACCAGGAGGGAGAUGAUGUCAGAGAAGAGGAUCCAUGAGGAGUACGAGAAACUAGGACCCAUCAGUUACCCAGAGGUGGUGACAGGUGUUUUCUUCAUCCUGAUGACUCUGCUGUGGUUCACCAGAGAGCCUGGUUUUGUGCCCGGCUGGACGUCUCUCUUCGAGAAGAAAGGUUACAGGACUGAUGCGACAGUCUCAGUCCUUCUGGGCUUCCUGCUCUUCCUCAUCCCUGCCAGGCGACCCUUCUCAUCCUCUUCCAGCUAUAAAUACUCAGGUGAUGAUGACCCGCUGGCUCCCAUGAUCACCUGGAAGGACUUCCAGAGACUGAUGCCGUGGGAGAUCGUCAUCCUGGUGGGAGGCGGCUAUGCACUGGCUGCAGGGUGCAAGGUGUCAGGCCUGUCGGUGUGGAUCGGCAGACAGCUGGAGCCCAUGAGUGGCCUUCCUCCCUGGGCCGUCACCCUGCUGGCCUGCCUGUUGGUGUCAGCGGUCACCGAGUUCGCCUCCAACCCGGCAACUCUCACCGUCUUCCUGCCCAUCCUGUCAGCGCUGUCGGAGACUCUGCAAAUCAACCCCCUCCACACUUUGAUCCCGUCCACCAUGUGCGUGUCAUUCGGGGUCAUGCUUCCAGUGGGGAACCCCCCUAACGCCAUCGUCUUCAGUUACGGCCACGUGCAGAUAAGUGACAUGGUGAAAGCAGGUUUCGGGGUGAAUCUGAUCGGUGUGGCAGUGGUGAUGUUAGCCAUCAGCACGUGGGGGGUUCCCCUCUUCAACCUGACCGAGUUCCCGGUCUGGGCAGUUGGCAGGAACAUCACCGGGAUCUUAUAACCACCGCUGGGAAGAAAAGGUGUUGAACCGUAAACCACUCGAAAGACUGAAAGAGAGAAAGAGGCGGGGCAAUGUUUGUGUGAGGAAAUAACACAAGAAGAUGGCGUUUGGCCUGUCAAGAGGACAGCUCGGAGUUAAGGAGCCCUUUUCUUGCUCUUGGGGGGGACCUAUGAGAUGAAAAGGAGAGCAAAAACCAUUACAUGUUGCUUCGAUAUAAUAGUUUGAAUUAUAUUUUCUGAGGGGUGUUAUGAGGAGUGACCUCCAACCGUGUAAAGCCCUGACCUCCUGCGAAAGCCCUUUUUAUUUACCUCCAUUGACGCUGUUAAAUGGAGAUUCUGUUGUAAAGAAAUCCCUGAAGGUAAUUUGCUAAAAGACACAAAUGAAUUGUUGGUGAUUGAUAUCUAAUAUUUCGUUGAUUGAUUUUGUAGAAGGAAUGAUAAGUUAAGCUGCUGCUCGGCCUCUGAGCCACACUAGCUGACAUUUACAGUACAUAGUAAAAAGUUGAACGGUCAUUGUGCAUAAGCCUGUUUUUUUCGUUUUUUUCUGCAUGCUUGCUCAACUUCUGCUGCACUUAAAAAGAACUGCUUUGCACCCACAUUACAUACAUGGCAACACAAGUGGGCUGGUGACAGGUUUUUCUGGGAGAAUUUUGAAAAUGGAAGUGUUGAUGUUCUUACUCUGGCUCUCUCUAGCCGUACUAAAGCUAGAGCAUGUGUGGAAGGAGGCUUCACAUAUUGCUGUGAUUGUACUGUAUACGUAGAACCACUUUCAGGAGCACCUCAUAUCUUUAUGAAAUGUUUCAAAGCAUGCAAAAUAAUUGAAAAGCAUGUUCACUUUUCAUACAUGCCUCCUUGCUUCUACUUGCAUUGCCUUUCAAAUCUCUUUAAAGAUAAAGAUAAAGAUAAACUUUAUUGGGGAAAUUUGUGCAUUAAUGUACCAAAGUCUCUAAAUCUGAUCCUACAUUUCCAGCAAAUACCACGAGUGCCUUCCACAUGGUUUUUGCCUGUCGUGCGACACUUUAAGCAGGUUUCUAAGCCUGCCCCGCUGCAUGCUCAGAGCCCUGCGGGAACUAUAUUCAACACUGUCCUUUGUAAAUGGAACAGCAGCAGAAUCACAUUUUGAUGAGCUCAUGUUCUUGUACUUGAUGCUAUUACAUAUAUAAAGAAUGUACUGUUUAAGGUAGAGAGAGUCCAUCGUUGGUUGACAAAUCACGUCUAUGUGUAAUGUGGGCAAACUUUUUUUCUGAAUGUAGACACAUUCUUGCCUGUAUUAUGUGCAUACAUAUACACACAUGCGGAGCUUUUGAUUCCAAAAACACUCUUCCCCUAGUUGUGCUUACUUUGAUAACUUAUUUGUCUUCAGAUUGUUGAUCGGAUGUUUCUUUUUUGUUGUAUUGAAUCGACCUGAAAACUUCAGGAUUUCAUGAUGAAGAAGUAAAACCUUUCUAGAAGAGGUCCUGUAUGAUGCUGUUAUAAUGAUCUUUAACCAUGACAGAUUCUUUCCAUCUGUGUCAAGAGGUGGAAAACACUGCAGUGGGUUACAAUAAACAUGUAGAUUUUUUUUAUUACAUUCGUAACAGUAGCAUGUUAAGCAACAGGAGGACCGACUUUGGUCUUCAUUUGUCUUCAUCUUGAAGGUGAGACUUUUCUCCUGACAUGUCAGAGUUUUGGGGGUCAUCAGAGUCCCCUACCAGGAAUCUGGAGUUCCUGUUAUACGCAGCAUCCAAAGCCUUAAAAGAAGAGCGACAGAGCGAGGGUUGUAUGGUGUCAUAGCGUGUUCAAUCAACUGACAAAUCACGUCAACUGUUGUCUGGUGGUGAAAAGGUUUGCACACAACUUUCAGUGUACUGUGCAGAAAUCUGAAAUAUAUGCUUUAUAUUUUUACACAAAUUUUUAAUGUAAUUUGUGCAUUUUUUAUAUAUAUAUAUUACUGCAUUUUAAGUUUAGGACUUUGGUUUCAUACAUCUCGGUGGAGUUACAGCAGUGACCUUGACCCAAGGGCCACACACUCCUUUGUAAAUACAUACAGAUUUUUAAUAUAAAGAUAACGUGCCUUUUUGCCUGGUUUCAGAUGAGCUGUAAUAUUUCUAAAUUAUCUGUUGUACUUUGAUGUUUCAUUCAUAUUCAACUCAAAACCUAGAGUUACAAUGAUACAAUCUUAUACAUGCACAAGAAUAAAACCACUUAAACCACU